GUGCGCGCCUCAAAUGCAAUGCAAAUGCACCUUGCAUCAUCCCCGUCCUAAUUAAUCAACUCCCACGCCACGACCUCGUAAGCCUUAGCUCCCGUAUAUAUACACCUUAGCCGUCGUCGUCGAUCAACAACCCUACCUAGCUAAGCUAACAGCUGCGUCGAUAUAUCUGCUCACGCUCACGGCGAUGGGGCGAUCAUCAGGAGUAGUAGUGCUGGUCGCCGUGGUGGCGGGGAUGCUCCUGUGCGUGGCCGAGGCGCAGACCCAGCUCAAGCCCGGGUACUACGACCAGACCUGCAAGGACGCCGAGGCCAUCGUGUUCGACGAGGUCAGGAAGGCGUGGAACGCCGACCGGUCCGUCCCGGCCGCGCUGCUCCGCCUGCACUUCCACGACUGCUUCGUCAAUGGCUGCGACGGGUCGGUGCUGCUAGAGUCCUGGGACAGGCAGGCGGAGAAAGACGCGCCGCCGAACAAGAGCCUCCGGGGUUACGAAGUCAUCGACAGGGCCAAGGCGAGGCUCGAGAUGGCGUGCAGGCAGACGGUCUCCUGCGCCGACAUCCUCGCCUACGCCGCCAGGGACAGCGUCAAGGUCGCGACCGGCGGCUUCCAUUACGCCGUCCCCGGCGGGAGGCCGGACGGCACCGUGUCGCGGGCGACCAUGGCCAACAGCAACCUCCCACCACCCACCCAGCGCAACGUCGACCUUCUCGCGCAGGCCUUCAUCAACAAGGGCCUCUCCAAGGACGACCUCAUCGUCCUCUCAGGGGCGCACACGCUGGGGGUGACGCGGUGCGGCACGUUCGACUACAGGCUGAGCAACAGCAACGACAAGGGCAUGGACCCGUGGUUCCUCAACAGCCUGAGGGCGCAGUGCAACCGCGACGCCAGCAGGGUGGUGCCGCUCGACGACGGCAGCCAGUUCGCGUUCGACACCAAGUACUACGCCAACGUAAUCGCCAACCGCGGCGUGCUCGAGUCCGACGCCGCGCUCAACUCGCCGUCCACCGUCGCCAGGGUCAGGCAGCUCCGGGACGGCACCCCGCAGACGUUCCACGGCGCCUUCGCGGCCGCCAUGGGGAGGAUGGGCGCGUUGCGCGGCGCCAACCCGGGCAAGGUCCGCGACCACUGCAGGAGGGUCAGGACGUAAAAUGGUCGAUGAAACUGUACGACGUGUGCGGCGGCAAGACGAUUGAAUUCAUUGUUUCGUGUUCUUUUUGUCUUCUAUCUUCUGUCCAUUAAUUGGUUCCGCUACCAUUGUAACACCGGCCGUACGUUGUUCUGGGAUCUCGAGGAUUCAUCAUAUCCAUUGCAACUUUUUACUCCUUCUCCGAGCUGUACACAACAAUUUUAUUUCUCCGAGAGCAUUUCCGUCUGUCA